AUGAUACUAGUGGACAGUGGGAGUUCAUUCGAAGUCCUCUUCUAUGACACGUUCAAGAGGAUGGAGCUAUCUGAUGACAUCCUAAUUCCUUUAACCUAUCGGGUCUAUGGAUUUAAUGGGAUAGUAACCGUACCAAAGGGAGAAGUCACGCUCAGAGUCUCAGAUGGAGAGGGAUACUUGGAUACACUUAUCACCUUCUAUGUUGUAGAUGUAGUAUCACCAUAUGAGGCGAUUAUCGGCAGACCUUGGAUCGCAGGCAUUAAAGAGGUAGCUUCUGCCUACCAUCAAAGGUUAAGGUUCCCUUCGUAUCGGGAAGUCGUUGAAGUGAUAGGCGAUCCCCAGGCCGCAAGACAAUGUAUGCAGCUGGAUAUUCAACAAAAUGAAGAAAGACGAUCAAGACAGCUACGCGAAAAGAAUAAAGCAAAGGAAAUCAAGGCGGGGGAAGAACUAGAGAAAGUAAUUUUGCAAGCAGUCAUGGCCUAUGAAGCAGGCGAGAAAGAGAUCUUAUAG